GGAACACAGUGGACGGCCGUCGAGAACAACGGGUACAGCUAAAGCAUCAAGGGGAUAUAGCUGUAUGUUACUGUGACCGCGAGUAAAGUAUUCCAGUUUACCUCGUAUUUACUGUUGUCGACAACGUACAGUGCGCUAUCACUGUCGAAGUUGCUAGCUACCGCCGUCACCCUGACAACCGCUACGGACAAGCCGACAACGGGCGCGCAUUUAUGGUUAAGAGGGUGUGUCCCCACUAUCCCCUACUCUUUGAGGCCGACUCUAACACACAACAGAGAACUGCGCCCCUAGCGAUGACAGCACACAUCAAAUAACAGUGCUUUGACCAUUGGUUCUUAAAUUCACAUCGCAAUUCAUAGAAUCGUGGUCGGCUAAAGACGGAAGGCCAACAUGGAAUUGUACUAUCGUACUCAGAAGUGUAUCCUUAUAUCAAUUGGAGUGAUUGAAGAGGUUGAUCGUAUAUUACAUGCAUGUCCCAUGCCAGCUGUUGUCAGGAGCUCGAUGAUAGAGACUCAGCUUCGACUAAUUGACGGAGUAUGAUUGGAUAAGCGUCUAUAAUAGCUCGGAACGGAUAUCCGGUAUAUUAUUACGUACUUGAAUAUCAAAUGUCGUCGGAGUUUAUCGUUUGGUGAAAACUGUCGUAAAACAGCGUAAUUAUUAUUCUGCCAUAACUGUGCAACCAAAGAAAGGCUAGCAACAUUGAUUUAAUGUUACUAGUGACUAAAUCAAGGUGAUUUCAGUCCUGUACAAAGUUGCCGAUUUUUAGUUACAACCGACAGAGCAACGCCUUCGGAGUGAUUGUCUCGUCACUAAGAGGAAAAGCCAGAAGAAGUUCUGUUCUCGCUCAGGUAACGAACGACUGAAUGAUACCAUAUAGUAAAGAGAGUGACACCAAGGCUACUAGUCCUGCGCUCGUUUACUGUCUCCCGCUGAGUUGUAGGUUACGAUUGUAUUACCGAUGUGCAUAGUUGGCAUCUGCGCAACCUGUCUUGCCGACUUUCUUAUUGGCGAAUUAGCUGUUCACUCAUGCGGAAGCCCCGUCUGCCGACCUCGUCUUCGUUAUGAUGCUUAUCCUGAAAUAUAAGAAUGAUCCGCACUACAAAUUCUCGUUGGUUAGUGGCGCCACACCGUGGAACCUGUUGGUCACCGUUGUGCUGUGGAUGGCAUCGGGCAUCCUCUGGUACUUCAACAAUCUAACUCUGGCAGUCGCUGCCUUCAUUUUAGGCGUCUUCAUGUGCCUUGUCAAUGCACUUAACUCUGUUGGAGAUUUUCUUCGCGAAAAAAGCGUACGCGAACCGGCCAAACUACUUCAGAUGAUUUCGUCCGUCGACUGGUUCUUGCCGGAAUACAGUGACCACGUUUCACCUAUGACUUCAGCAUCGGUGUCAGCAUCUUGUCUGAAUUGGUCAGCGAGUGGAACUUUGCUUGAUCCGAAAACGGCGGGUGUGUCUGCUUCGUGUUGUGAACGACUCAACGAAAUGCAUGGCGGUGACUCCAGUGCAGGCACGCCUAUGCAUGUGGGAGUUUUGGCUCUUAGUAAUUCCCGCGUGUUUAACUCGUGCGAUCUGACCGAGGACAUCGUUCGACAGCCACUGAUCUAAUAUCUGAGCUCAACGCCCAAGUUGAAGAGGAUGACCCGGUUUUCGAGGCAAUAUGAUCUUCGCAUGUUGCUGUAAAUCAGUCAUCUCGCCGAUCGACCAACAUUGGCGAUAUAUAUAUUAUUUUAUUGGACAUCCUUUGAUUAUUAAAGAGAAAACGGUGCCUGGUCAUCAAUAUAAACCUAGCGAACGUGAAGCAAGAAUAAUGCGAAACUGUUUUUUCAAAAAUCUGUUUUUUUUUUUUUGUAAAUCAGUAAUGUACUGUCAGUGAAAGGGUACGAAUAUAGACUUAUGUUAAGCCUCUGGGCUGAUGUAAGUGGGUGUUCAAUUUGUUUAUGUACUAUAAAACAAUCAAAAAGCAGAACCAGUAGUUUUCACAGCCAGUAUAUACCGAGGUGGAAAGGCUCAGCGUUACACAUGUACAUUGAGCCUUCCAUUGAAUUACUAUCAUGGUCUUAUAUGACUCGUUACAUGCGAGGAAAAUGUCAUCAUUAAAUGAUGACAUUUUCCUCGCAUUCUGUUUCUGUCAAAACGAUUAGUUUAUUGUUUAUGAAUGGACGUGAUGUCGCUGGUACACAGCAGAAUAAUCACACCGACUGAAAUAAGUUUCUUUAUUGAAGUUACUAACUGAAAGGCUUUAGGCUCAUUAGCAUAACGCAACAUUAAGGAAUCAAAAGUCUAACGAACGGAUCCUGCUUCACCUACCACUAGGACUGAUCAUUUUAGAAAGCACAAAUUUGCAUGAAUACUAUACAGUAACAGGGUAAUUGAGGAAACUAACAGUUCCUAAGAGUUGAUUUUACGACUAUUAGCAGUAUAUUAGGUGAAGUAAUUCAAUAGAAUCUAUUGGCUUCUCGAGAAAAGCACUGACUGUUUGUCUAGCUAAAUGUUAUACGCCUUAAGUAGUAUCGCGUCGGACGUUGGUAUUAUUUGAUAGCUGAGAGUAUUAGAUACGUUGGAAUGUUUUUACUCAGACUCGUGAUUCUGCAAACAUUUGCUAGGUUUUUAUUUUUUUUUACGAUAAAAGUACAUCCAGUCCAUAAUUCUUAAAAAAUAUACUUAAUACGCGUUAUUCAAAGCAAGAGCUUAAAGCUAAGUUUGUGACUUUGUUCUGUAAAGAAAUGUCUUCGUAGUAGUUGACAAAUCAAGGAAAAGAAUUCGCUCCAUCGCAUUUUUAUUUAUAAAACUUCUGCAAAAACGGAAUAAGAUCGAGCUAUUUCUAAAGGGAUUGAUCAUGGGUGAUGAUGAAAAGCGGAUCAUGUACAAUAAUGUGCAAAUAAAAAGUAAUAAAAAAUGUGCUUCACAAUCUGUGGUAAAGUUAAGGCUGACACCAAAGAAAAUGGGGAUUGGAAAGGGAUCGUAUAUUAUGGGUUACUGGCGUGUGGCACAAUGGUUGAUUCGAACUCUACAGUCGACAACUACAUUGCAAUGUCAGAUCACAUGCAUCUUUAGCUACCCAGCAAAUGUUGAGGGAACUUCAACGGAAAGUUUCCAUCAGACUGUCAUCUGUUUCAGUCUCUGCAGAACUUUCUUAUUGGUGUUAAUUUGGUCAUUUAAAAAAUCACUUGUCAUAGCUUUUUUGCUCAGAAACCACAGAGGUUCUACAUUGGUGGGACGGUUUGGCAUUGUUAUCAGAAAACGGCAGAAGAUCAUUGGUCAAAAUGGCCCACAUUUGAUACGUAUUAGUAAUAUUAUUGUAAAGACAGAAAAUACUUGCUUCAGUUAUGGCUUACAAAAGGUCAGUGCUUUUCCGACUGCUCAAUAUAGAAACGCCCAAAUUACUUCAACGUCACCAUACAGGAAAAGUUUUCGCACAUGUUGACCUCUUUGCUCUACAUCUCGCGAAGUCUCAUUUCCUAUAUUGAAGAGGUAAACAUAAAAGAGGACACUUUAAAAUGAGGCUUGACUUCUGCGCCGAACUAAAGCCGAGGCGGUGCAUCAAUACCCAAUCCACAAUGCGGAAUGAAGCAUUAAACCGUACUUUAAUCAUACUGAAUAUGCUGCAAAACAUAAUCUAUUGUGGUUGUUGUUACAAGAUGUAUAAAAGAUGUCUAAAACGUUCACACGCAAGGAAAUCCACUUACAGUAUGGAUAGAAUUUAUGGAUAGAACAUUUCUCAACAAUCACUAUAGUUAACCAAAAAUAUCAUAGUGAAUAACUUUGCGGACCUUAGUAGUGCAUAUACUUACUUAUACGACGAGAUAAAUAUUAGCUGAUGAGCACACGUUGACAGUCGGUGAGAACUGAUACUGUUACAGAUGUUGUGCAUAACCCAGCAGUAAAAACACCCACGCAAUGUCUUUCAUAAUUGACGCAGCCAAUAAUGUCCUCUAGUCAUUUAAGUACUUAUCACAAGAUAAGUGAAGAUAAAACAGCAUUAAUGAUUCGCACCAAUUCUGACUAUUAAAUGUUCGCAAGCACUGUAAGGUACUUGAGUUGCAAUCUAAUAUGUGCUUUAGCUAGGGAGACACGACUAAUGUAUAGUCCAGAAAAAAUAUAAAUCUAUAAAAAAUUUGAACAGGAUUUGGGUCAGUAUUAUUGAUAUUACAAACUGACUGGUUUGAGAAACCGAUGGGAAUUUCAUCUCGCUAUGAGGAAAAUCGAUCUUUGAAUCGAAUAUAUAUUAUAUUUAACCGGUCAAGUAAUGGGAUAGAGCAAAAAAGCUGCUGUAGAGGAGAGGAUUUAGACGGGCGAAGCUUGAAUUGCAAUACACAGCUAAAUCGAUCAUACUUUUAGCAUUACGGGAUGGACGCUCCAAAAUUCUACUAUCUGUAUAUCUUGCAUAACGAAUAUCUUCUUACGAGACUUCUGUAUACCCUUUUUGUAUAACGUUAACUGCGUUCGGUUUAUCCAUAACGA